CCGCCUGCUCCUCUGCACCUGCGCCCAGCCUGCCCACCACGGGUCAUCUGGAAGGUCAUAAGGAGCGGCGCUGAAGGCUUGCAGGUCCUCUUCGACGCCCCCAUCGCCGCCGCCGCCGCCGCAGGAGGGACACGACCCCAAGUCAAGGUGACGUCUACGCUUGCCCAGGUGAAUCAGGACAGGUAUGAGGCUGGGAGUGGGACAGACGGGCUCACUCUUCAUCCUGGCCCACCUCACGCUGCUGGCGGCCGAUGACAGAGUCACGUGUUGCAUGGGCGGCUGGAAGGUGGUGCGCGGGGUGACGCUGUGCGGUGAGCCAUGUUGCGCCGGGUACGAGGAGCGUCAACUCAAGGCCCCGCUCCUGGCCAGCCCCGUGCUCUGCCACAAGCUGACGGAGGCGGAGGCGAAGGCGAAGGAGGAGGCGAGACAGACGACCACCACCUCUACAACCACCACCACCACCGCCCGGCCCUCCCUCCUCCACCCCCACCUCCAGUUUCCCCCCCGCCCCCCGCCACGCCCGCAGUCUGACCCCCCUGUCGCCCCUAUGCUAGACCAGCCGCGUCGCUUCGCCCGCGCCGCCUCCCAGUACCGCGCCUUCCUCUACCGUCAUCGCCACGUCUUCCUGGGGCUCCUCAGGGAAGGAUUCUCGCGGAAGGAGCUCAUGGCCAACUUAGAGAGCUUCCUUAAUGAGAUCUCCUCGAUGGUGUACAAGCCGUCAGUCUGGUACGGCGCCUAGGCGGUGCAGCGGCCGGAGGAGGGAGGAAAUUGAGCGAGGCAGAAGAGAAAGGAAGAAAAAUAGGAGAAAAAACCUAAUGAUCCCAACCUAAUGAAUGCCAACCAAGAAUCUUCAGGAAUUUCUAUGGCCUAUAUUCUCAGACGCUUUUUCGGUUCUCACAAUCUAUAUUUCCAAAGGUCUUAAAAUAGAUUAGUCGGGUUCCCAUGAGUGCGUUUCACAUUCACGGUGCAGAAGCCUUGUCCAACCAUCACUAGGCUCAUAUAACUACCCCCAUGGAAAUACUAACACAACCUCUACCAAAGCCUUACCAAAUAUGAGUGAGUUAGCCCCGAAUUGUUUGAGAAUAUGGGACUCUUUUUCAUAUUAUGGCAUCGCGUUUGUUUGUCUUAAUUGGUCAUGCUCAGAAGCCUAUUCGAAUCUAUGAUGUUGCUAAAUAAAAUGAUUGGCGAUUUG